CCACCUUCCACUCCCACAAUACACAGACCCACGGAGAAAGCAAGAGGCAGCAGGCGGCCAGGCUCAGCUCCUAAGUUUCCUGAAGCCAAAUGGAAUGUGCCUGGUACCUUUGUGUCUGCAGCCUCCUCUAUGUCUGGCCUGCGGCAGCGGGACAUCCUUGCAGCAUUGACAGUAAGGGAUGGGCUGACUGCAGUGGAAAGAGUCUUCUACACACUCCAGAUUCCCUUCCUGGAAACAUUACCAGCUUGGACCUUUCCUUCAACUCCUUGGCAAUGCCCAGAAGUGGGACUUUCUUGAUACACUUCCCUUCGCUGCGUGCCCUAAACCUCUCCAACAACAUCAUUCCCAUGCUCCAUCCAGCAGUCUUCUCUAACCUCUGGGCACUUCAUCUGCUGGACCUGAGCAGCUGUAACAUCUCCCACCUUCACCCAGAAGCUUUCCAGGGCUUGAGAAACAUGCACACGCUGCUCCUGAAAAACAAUAAGCUUCAGAUUCUGCAGCUGCCUGCGUUCCUUGCCUUCGGAGCCCUUGUCCAUCUGAAUCUGCAGAACAAUGAUCUGCUCUCUGUGGAUGUACUAGUCCUGCAGCUGAUGGAAAGAACCCAUCAGAUCCUGCUUCAGGGGAACCCCUGGGUCUGUAAUUGUUCCAUGUAUCCUUUCCAGCAAUGGCUACAACAAAGACAAGGUGUGCAAGUACUCUGUGCCUCUCCACCAGAACUCCAGGGCCAGGAGGUCAAGACCCUGAACUUUCAGGAUCUGGGCUGCAGGAGAAAACAGUGGUUUCCUCAGGCUCAGCCUUCACUCAGAAGAAAACUGCUGGCCACAGUGCAGAGAAAUGACACAACCACCACUGCAGCAACCACCACGUCGCCUGCAGGGAAGGGAGGGAACAGCUGGCCAUACUUGGUGGGCUUCCUUGUAUCAGCUAUUGGCAUCUCCAUCCUGAUUGCACUGGCUGCAAAGUGCAAACUAUUCCAUAAGAACUUUGCCAGCUACCGCCACCGGCCACUGCCUGACACCAGCUCGAUGGGAGGCAGCCAUGCUGAGAGUGGGGUUGCCUGGGGGGAGAAUCAAUCCAUGCCUAGUGCUGCUGGGCUGCAACUGGAGGAUGAUGAUGGCUUCAUUGAAGAUAACUACAUCCAGCCAAGUGAACGGCUGCAGGAGGAAGACUAAUUGGAGCCACAUUCUCCCUCUGAGGCUGGGACUUCACCCAGGCUCCCCUCCCAGCCAUCCUUCUUCACCUUCUGGGGCCAGGGCUUUCAACUCCUGUCCUGUCCUUUCAGCUCUCGGCAGCCCAGGACCCCCACUUCCACUCCGAGCCUUCCUUCUCCAUCGAGUUGUCACUAUUCUUGUUUUAGCUUCCACUGUUUAACUUAGGGGGUGGGACCAACAUGAAAAAAGAAGAAGCUGAGAAGUGACAUGAGAGAAGAGUGUGAUGAGGAAGGGGUCAGCAUGGGAGAGGGGAUAAUGGAAGCAGAGCUUCCUGGGAAGCUACUAGGGUCCAAUUUUAUCCCUGGUGUAACAGCACCAACUUCAGUGGUGUUACACUAGGGAACAAUACAGCCCACAGUGCAGGGAGGUCUGCCUUGGCACUGAAAACAAACUGCUCUUUGCAUUAGUAUUUGAAAUGCCAUAAAGCACAGUGAAAGCCAGCCUGGUGCAGCCUUUGCUCCUAGCAUGAUGCCAGGGAGAGACCCCCACCCUCAGCACCAGCCUCACGCACCCUAGGCUGAGCCAGAGUUCCAGAAGACCAGCACUGAGAUGGACACACUCCAGGACAGACACUCCUGAAUCUGAGAGCCUGGUGACAUUGCACAGAGAAGACAAAGACUAAAACAUCCCCCAUGAAACCCUGACUCUCUGCAGCCUCCAGUGACUCUGCCCUGGAGAGGGAGGUACUGCACAUCAACACAACAAAGCCACUAACCUGUGUAUCAAGC